AUAUAAUUAGAAUUAUGUUUAUAAAAUACGAAAUGGGCAAUUGAUAAGCCUCGUCGAUAGAUACAUAAAAUAGUUAGGGCAAGACGAGAAGAGCAAGGAGGCACAGCGACAAGAAAGCCGGCACGCUACCUUGGAUCUUCUAUUUAUAUCGCCGUUGAAGUCGCAAUUGGAAAUGGCUGAUCACGAUUCAAAUUCCAACUCGCUUCUGGAAAAUCAAACCCCUAAUCCGGAUGGGAAUUCAGCUUCUGAGAAUGAGAGUGAUGCAUCAAUUGAUUCUCUAGCGCGACAGGUUCAGGAAUCUCUUUCUCUGGCAAAGAGACACAAAUUUUGGGAAACCCAGCCUGUUGGUCAGUUCAAGGAUCUUGGUGACUCAAGCUUGCCUGAAGGACCUAUUGAACCUCCAACACCAUUGUCUGAAGUCAAACAAGAACCUUAUAACCUUCCCAAUCUCUAUGAAUGGAUUACUUGUGACAUGGAAACAACUGAGAUGUGUACUGAGGUAUAUAACCUCCUCAGUAAUAAUUAUGUGGAGGAUGAUGAUAACAUGUUCAGGUUUAACUACUCUAAGGAGUUCCUUCAUUGGGCUCUUCGCCCUCCUGGUCAUUACAAGAGCUGGCAUAUUGGAGUUCGAGUUAAGAGUUCAAAAAAACUGGUUGCUUUUAUAACUGGAGUCCCUGCAAGACUUCGUGUGCGGGACAGUAUUGUUCAAAUGGCAGAAAUCAAUUUCCUUUGUGUUCAUAAGAAGCUUAGAUCAAAACGACUUGCUCCGGUCAUGAUUAAAGAGGUGACUAGGAGGGUUCACUUGGAAAACAUUUGGCAAGCAGCUUAUACAGCUGGUGUGGUUCUCCCUACACCCAUAUCAACUUGUCAGUACUGGCAUAGAUCAUUGAACCCAAAGAAACUAAUUGAUGUUGGGUUUUCUAGACUUGGGGCAAGAAUGACCAUGAGCCGCACGAUAAAACUUUACAAGUUACCGGAGUCAACUGUUACUCCUGGAUUUAGGAAGAUGGAACUCCAUGAUGUUCCUGCGGUUACCCGUUUACUUAGGAACUACUUGCUGCAGUUUCUUGUCGCACCUGACCUUGAUGAAAAUGAUGUGGAGCACUGGCUUCUUCCAAAAGAGGAUGUUGUGGACAGUUUUUUGGUUGAAAGCCCUGAAACCCAUGAAAUAACUGAUUUCUGCAGUUUUUACACUCUCCCAUCAUCCAUUCUGGGCCACCCUAGUCACUCAAUUCUGAAGGCUGCAUAUUCCUACUACAAUGUAUCUACCAAGACUCCGUUGCUUCAGCUGAUGAAUGAUGCUCUUAUAAUGGCAAAACAUAAAGAUUAUGAUGUUUUUAAUGCAUUAGAUGUCAUGCAAAAUGACUCGUUUCUGAAGGAGCUGAAAUUUGGACCAGGUGAUGGGAAGCUCCAUUAUUAUCUCUAUAACUACAGAAUAAAACAUGUCUUGAGACCAUCAGAACUUGGUCUCGUCCUCUUGUAGUUAUGCUCUUCUGCAUCAUAUGGGAUCUUCGAAAGAAAUCUUCUUGUAACCAGGGCUGAACAUUUUAUUUCAUAAUACACCUGUAAUUGGGCCUUGUGUUGUAUUUGUGUUUUUGGAUUCGGGAAUCAGAUUUUUCUGUGGUACUGUUGCAGCAAAUUUUGGAUCUAAAGAACUCUUUUAUUUGGUUUUGCAA